AUGUUCGUCCCAAGGCUGCCGGCCAGCCUUCCUGUAAAACCUCUUCCAGGCAAGAAAGCUCCAUAUCCUGCUCGCUUAUACCGAUGCGAAGAGCUUAGCGAGCGUCUACCUGCAUAUAUCUUCCGCAAGCGGCUGGGCGGAGGUGCUUUCGGUCAGGUCUUUCUUGCAGAAUUCUUGUCUCCAUCAAACCAGAAGAAGAGUUACGACAAGCGCGGAAAUGUACGAAGAUCGCAACUGGUUGCGGUUAAAAUAGUUCCACGAGCGAGGGUCGUGAAGGAGUCUACUCGGGCGCUGGCGCUCGCAGAGGCAAAUAAUCUCAAAUGUUUGUCUGAAACAGGUUCUCUGUUUUUCGCGCAACUACGCGAGACGUUCUGUGAUACACAUAAUCUGUAUAUCGUUACUGAUUACUUGUGCGGUGGAACACUUCGUGACGAACUUAUCCGUCAUCGCACGACUGGCAGACCCAUUCCGAACGAUAGAAUUGUUCUUAUCAUAGCCCAGCUUGUUGAAGCGCUGAGACAGCUCCGCAAAUUGCGUAUCCUCCACCGUGAUAUCAAGCCUGAAAACGUUCUCUUGGAUGCAUGCGGGAAUGUUGUUCUUGCUGAUUUUGGAUUAUCUCGCCGCUUUGAGAAUGAUUUGGAAGAUGCAAGGGGUGACUCGGGGGAGAAUGGAAUGACGUGCAAAUCGAAGCUGAAUGUUCUCAGACUGCAAUGCGAGGACACAGAGGAUGGCGCGAGGGGUGCGGAGACGUCAUGCUUGACAAACAAAGGCUGCGGAACACUCCCAUAUGCCUCACCAGAAAUGCACAGAGGUGAACUGUAUUCGUUCGCCACGGAUAUCUACUCCCUCGGAGUUGUUUUCCACGAGCUCCUUUUCGACGACCUACCUCCUUCACCACCUUCCUCCGCAUCCAUCACCUCAACGUCCGCUCCUACAUGGUUCUUCAACGAUCACCAGCGCCAGAGGAAUAAAAUAUUGAUAAAUCCAAUCGCUUUAGACCUCCUUGCAGCGCUUCUUCACCUCGACCCCAAUAAACGCAUAACCUUUCCUGCACUCCCGGCACAUGCGUUUUUCGUCAAAGUACACUGGCCAACGCUAGCUGCACAUGCAUAUAUACUUCCCGUAUCAUAUGCACCACCACGUCCUCCGUUAAACCUUUAUCUUGCAGAUACGAUUAAUGCAGGACUCUUCGUCGAUCCUUUCGUCACAUUGCAAGAUGGACCUGAUGGGGCAUUUGAGGAGGCGUAUAAAGCAUGUGGAAUGCGAGAGAUGAAGGAGCGUCCCCAAGACCCAAUUAGGUGGCGGAGUGGAGUUCGAAGGGGCAUACUGAGUACGCUAGGAAGGGUUAUGUGUACUUUGGACACUGUCGUCGGCUUGGAAGGCCGUGUAAGAAGUCGAAAGUGGAUUAGCGGCUUCGAGUGCAAGAACCAGGAGACUUUCGUUUGGAACGACGUACCAAUGGACUUGAAUUACUCACCACCGGUUCAUGAGCCAAAGGACAACGUCGAGAUACGUGUCCACGUAGAGGAAGAGAAGUGCGAUGUGCAAAAAUCUGUUCAUUUACACUGCGACUCGGUCACCGCAAAUCUUGGACACUAUUCCUCGCCACAUAUGCAUGUACCUCACCCGCUACUACUGAGUCCCUCAAUUAGUUCUCCAGCUCGCCCACGACUCCGCCGUAUCGUAGCGCGUAUCCCUGAACGUUCCUCACGUACUCCACAUCCCUCACCUCGCAGUUGCCAGGCAGAGCUCUGCAGUACAGCGGCAGUUCACUCCAGCUCCGCUGUCUGCUUAGGCGGUGAGGUUCCUCAUUUGAGUAGAAAGACGAAGACAAGCCGGCCUAGUCCAUGGUUACCUCGUCUCACUACGAAGGCACUUCCGCUUUCAUCACCAGAUCCGGAGCCUGCAUCAUCAACCUCCUUCCUCGACCCACCUGAUCCCAGCUUCCAUUCGCGAUAUGGAAUGUCGAAUGCGUCCGGGGAAGGCGAUAUGUUGAUGGAAACGCAUCCUCUCCUUCAACCAGCUCCAUCCUGCUCAAUUGUCGGACCCCAAAGCCUCACGCUCUCUCGUGCUUCAACGAAUUCAACUGAGGGUCCUAUUACACCAGUGCGUGGUGACUCUGUAGGUCCCGUGCUUGCCCUGCAUCUGCCGGAUGACAAAAUAGAAUGCUCUGGAGGGGCAGACGACAUUGUGAUCGCAAGUGUGAAAGUGCAUAGACUAUCAUUUAACCUGAGCAGGACGGCAGCUAUGUUUGGAGAUGGGGUGUAG